AAGCCUAGCAUUCAACACACCAUGUCGUCCCACGUCCAGGAAGAUGAGCUCGCCAUGAGCAGCGAUGAGUUGCUCCAAGCUCAGCUCGAGCUCUACCACCACUCCUUCGUCUAUGUCAAGUCCAUGGCGCUCGGUGCCGCCACCGAUCUGCGCAUCGCCGACGCCAUCCACCUUAGGGGAGGUGCUGCCACCUUGUCUGAUCUUGCCGCCCAUACAGGGAUCCACCCGACGAAGUUCUCCCACCUCCGGAGGCUCAUGCGCGUGCUCACCACCUCGGGCAUCUUCUCCGCCGACGUCAAGGCUAGAGGCGACACCGUGUACAAGCUCACCCGGGUCUCUCGCCUCCUUGUUGGUGCUGGUGGCGAGAGCUCGCGCCGCCGUGACCUGUCUCCAAUGGUUGGCGUGUUUGUCAACCCGGUCGCCAUCGCUGCUCUCUUUAGCAUACGCGAGUGGUUCACCGACGAAAACAGCGCCGCCUCAUCGUCUCUCUUCGAGAUGGCGCAUGGUUGUACACGGUGGGAGAUGAUAGCAAAGGACGCCGGCGAGGGUCGCGUGUUCAAUGCCGGCAUGGCCGCAGACAGCUGCCUCAGUAUGGAGAUCCUCCUAAAAGAGUGCAGCAGCGUCUUCGGAUCCCUAGGCAGCUCACUGGUCGAUGUCGGUGGCGCCCAUGGCACUGCUGCUGCGGUCGUUGCCAAGGCAUUCCCACACGUCAAGUGUACCGUGCUGGACCUCCCUCGCGUCGUCGCUGGGGCUCCUGCCCAUGCUAAUUUAACCUUCGUCCCCGGCGACAUGUUUGAGUACAUCCCGCCGGCGGACACCGUUCUACUCAAGUGGGUUUUGCAUGAUUGGCCAGACGAAGAUUGCAUCAAGAUACUGCGCCAGUGCAAGAAAGCAAUCCCGACAUGGGACGCUGGAGGGAAGGUGAUAAUCAUGGAUAUGGUGGUCGGAUCUCAAGGGCUGCAGCAGGAGACCGUGUCCAAGGAGGCGGAGGUUUUGUUCGAUGUCUUCAUAAUGCACAUCGACGGGAUCCAGCGAGAGGAGCAUGAGUGGAGGAAGAUUUUCUUUGACGCUGGGUUCAGCGACUACAAGAUUACACCCGUGACGGGAAUUCGCUCAAUUAUUGAAGUCUACCCUUAAAUAUAAAUCUUCAUACUUCAUGUUAUGGAUUUGGAUGCAUUGUUGUAUGUAAGUGGUACCUUUAUAAUCUUAUCAUUAUCAAUUAAGUAAAAUGAGUGCUAGCUUGACCAACUCUUCCUCUGUCUCGCAAAAAAGAAAUAAAGUGCAUGAUUUGCAGUCAAA